AUGGCCGGGGUGUUUCCCUACAGAGGGCCGGGUACCCCUGUGCCCGGCCCUCUGGCACCACUUCCCGACUACAUGUCAGAGGAGAAGCUUCAGGAAAAAGCCCGAAAAUGGCAGCAGUUACAAGCAAAGCGCUAUGCAGAGAAGCGGAAAUUUGGAUUUGUAGAUGCACAGAAGGAAGACAUGCCUCCAGAACAUGUCAGGAAGAUCAUCCGAGAUCAUGGGGACAUGACCAACCGGAAAUUCCGUCAUGACAAGCGAGUCUACCUGGGUGCCCUGAAGUAUAUGCCUCAUGCUGUUCUCAAGCUCUUGGAAAACAUGCCCAUGCCAUGGGAGCAGAUUCGGGAUGUGCCUGUCCUGUACCACAUCACUGGAGCGAUCUCCUUUGUAAAUGAGAUUCCUUGGGUCAUCGAGCCUGUCUACAUCUCUCAGUGGGGGUCCAUGUGGAUCAUGAUGCGUCGAGAGAAGAGGGAUAGGCGGCACUUCAAGCGGAUGCGCUUUCCCCCAUUUGAUGACGAAGAGCCCCCCCUGGACUAUGCGGACAACAUCCUGGAUGUGGAGCCUUUGGAGGCCAUUCAAUUGGAGCUGGACCCUGAGGAGGAUGCCCCUGUGCUGGACUGGUUCUAUGACCACCAGCCCCUAAGGGACAGCAGGAAGUAUGUGAAUGGCUCUACAUAUCAGCGCUGGCAGUUCACACUGCCCAUGAUGUCUACUCUCUACCGCCUGGCCAACCAGCUCUUAACUGACCUUGUGGAUGACAACUACUUCUACCUGUUUGACCUGAAGGCCUUUUUCACCUCCAAGGCCCUCAACAUGGCCAUCCCAGGAGGCCCUAAAUUUGAGCCACUAGUACGAGACAUCAACCUUCAGGAUGAAGACUGGAAUGAAUUUAACGACAUUAACAAGAUCAUCAUCCGACAACCUAUCAGAACUGAGUAUAAGAUUGCUUUUCCAUACUUGUACAACAAUCUCCCACACCACGUCCACCUCACUUGGUACCACACUCCCAAUGUUGUGUUCAUCAAAACAGAGGACCCUGACCUCCCAGCCUUCUACUUUGAUCCUUUGAUCAAUCCUAUCUCCCACAGACAUUCUGUCAAGAGUCAAGAGCCUUUGCCAGAUGAUGAUGAGGAGUUUGAGCUCCCCGAGUUUGUGGAACCUUUCCUGAAGGACACACCCUUAUACACAGACAACACGGCCAAUGGUAUAGCCCUUCUGUGGGCCCCCAGGCCCUUCAACCUUCGCUCUGGUCGUACCCGCCGUGCCCUGGACAUACCUCUGGUUAAAAACUGGUAUCGGGAGCAUUGUCCUGCUGGGCAGCCUGUGAAGGUGAGGGUCUCCUAUCAGAAGCUGCUCAAAUACUAUGUGCUGAAUGCUCUUAAGCACCGACCCCCCAAGGCCCAAAAGAAGAGGUAUCUCUUCAGGUCCUUUAAGGCCACCAAGUUCUUCCAGUCUACCAAGCUGGACUGGGUGGAGGUGGGGCUUCAGGUUUGUCGCCAGGGCUAUAACAUGCUCAACCUCCUCAUCCAUCGCAAGAACCUCAACUACUUGCACCUUGACUAUAAUUUCAACCUCAAGCCUGUCAAGACCCUUACCACUAAGGAACGGAAGAAAUCACGUUUUGGAAAUGCCUUCCACUUGUGUCGGGAGGUGCUUCGACUGACCAAGCUUGUGGUGGACAGCCACGUACAGUACCGCUUGGGCAACGUGGAUGCCUUCCAGCUAGCAGAUGGGCUGCAGUAUAUAUUUGCCCAUGUGGGCCAACUGACAGGAAUGUACCGCUACAAGUACAAACUGAUGCGGCAGAUCCGGAUGUGUAAGGACCUGAAGCACCUGAUCUACUAUCGCUUCAACACGGGUCCUGUGGGGAAGGGUCCAGGCUGUGGUUUCUGGGCUGCUGGCUGGCGAGUCUGGUUGUUUUUUAUGCGGGGCAUCACUCCUCUUUUGGAACGGUGGCUGGGCAACCUCCUGGCCCGGCAGUUUGAAGGUCGACACUCAAAGGGGGUGGCAAAGACUGUGACCAAGCAGCGAGUGGAAUCUCACUUUGACUUGGAGCUCCGGGCAGCGGUGAUGCAUGACAUCUUGGACAUGAUGCCUGAGGGCAUCAAACAGAACAAGGCCCGGACAAUCUUGCAGCACCUCAGUGAGGCCUGGCGCUGUUGGAAGGCCAACAUACCCUGGAAGGUUCCUGGAUUGCCAACACCCAUUGAGAACAUGAUCCUGCGCUAUGUGAAGGCUAAAGCCGAUUGGUGGACCAACACUGCCCAUUACAACCGAGAGCGGAUCCGUCGAGGAGCCACUGUGGACAAGACUGUGUGUAAGAAAAACUUGGGUCGUCUCACGCGUCUUUAUCUGAAGGCUGAACAGGAACGUCAACACAAUUACUUAAAGGAUGGCCCCUAUAUUACAGCAGAAGAAGCCGUGGCCGUCUAUACCACCACAGUGCACUGGCUGGAGAGCCGCAGAUUCUCCCCUAUCCCCUUCCCUCCACUCUCCUACAAACAUGACACCAAGCUACUCAUCCUGGCCCUGGAACGGCUCAAGGAAGCCUAUAGUGUGAAAUCACGUUUGAACCAGUCCCAGAGAGAGGAGCUGGGCCUGAUCGAGCAGGCCUAUGACAACCCCCAUGAGGCGCUAUCUCGCAUCAAGCGUCACUUACUUACACAGAGAGCCUUCAAGGAGGUGGGCAUUGAGUUUAUGGACCUGUACAGUCACUUGGUACCUGUUUAUGAUGUGGAACCUCUAGAAAAGAUCACAGACGCUUACUUAGACCAGUACCUGUGGUAUGAAGCUGACAAACGCCGGCUCUUCCCACCCUGGAUCAAACCUGCUGACACAGAGCCCCCUCCUCUGCUUGUGUAUAAGUGGUGCCAAGGCAUCAAUAACCUGCAGGAUGUGUGGGAGACAAGUGAGGGAGAGUGCAAUGUCAUGCUGGAGUCACGAUUUGAGAAGAUGUAUGAGAAGAUUGACCUGACGCUCCUGAACAGGCUUCUGAGACUUAUUGUCGACCACAACAUUGCUGACUACAUGACGGCCAAGAACAAUGUGGUCAUCAACUACAAGGACAUGAACCAUACAAAUUCUUACGGAAUCAUUCGGGGACUCCAGUUUGCCUCCUUCAUUGUGCAGUACUAUGGGCUGGUGAUGGACCUUCUUGUCUUGGGCCUGCACCGGGCCAGUGAGAUGGCUGGGCCUCCUCAAAUGCCCAAUGACUUUCUUAGCUUCCAGGAUAUAGCUACAGAGGCUGCCCACCCCAUCCGCCUCUUUUGUCGCUACAUUGACCGCAUCCACAUUUUCUUCAGGUUUACCGCAGAUGAGGCCCGAGACUUGAUCCAGCGCUACCUAACUGAGCACCCUGACCCCAACAACGAGAACAUUGUGGGCUACAACAAUAAGAAGUGCUGGCCUCGGGAUGCCCGGAUGCGCCUCAUGAAGCAUGAUGUGAACCUGGGCCGGGCAGUGUUCUGGGACAUCAAGAACCGCCUGCCACGCUCAGUGACCACAGUGCAGUGGGAGAACAGCUUUGUGUCAGUGUACAGCAAAGACAAUCCCAAUCUACUCUUCAAUAUGUGCGGCUUUGAGUGUCGCAUUCUGCCCAAAUGCCGCACCAGCUAUGAGGAGUUCACCCACAAGGAUGGGGUCUGGAACCUGCAGAACGAGGUCACUAAGGAGAGGACAGCUCAGUGCUUCCUGCGUGUGGAUGACGAGUCAAUGCAGCGCUUUCACAAUCGUGUGCGUCAGAUCCUGAUGGCCUCCGGUUCCACCACCUUCACCAAGAUUGUGAAUAAAUGGAACACAGCACUCAUUGGGCUCAUGACGUACUUCCGUGAGGCUGUGGUGAACACCCAGGAGCUGCUGGACUUGCUGGUGAAGUGUGAGAACAAGAUCCAGACCCGAAUCAAGAUCGGGCUCAACUCCAAGAUGCCCAGUCGCUUCCCCCCAGUUGUGUUCUAUACCCCCAAAGAGCUUGGUGGACUGGGCAUGCUGUCCAUGGGCCAUGUUCUCAUCCCCCAGUCUGACCUCAGGUGGUCAAAGCAGACAGAUGUAGGCAUCACCCACUUCCGGUCAGGGAUGAGCCAUGAAGAAGAUCAGCUGAUUCCUAACUUGUACCGCUACAUCCAGCCUUGGGAGAGUGAGUUCAUUGACUCUCAGCGGGUCUGGGCCGAGUAUGCACUCAAGAGACAAGAGGCCAUUGCCCAGAACAGGCGCCUGACCCUGGAGGACCUGGAGGAUUCAUGGGAUCGAGGCAUUCCCCGGAUCAAUACCCUGUUCCAGAAGGACCGGCAUACCCUGGCUUAUGACAAAGGCUGGCGUGUCCGCACUGACUUUAAACAGUACCAGGUCCUAAAACAAAAUCCAUUCUGGUGGACACACCAGCGGCAUGAUGGGAAGCUCUGGAACCUGAACAAUUAUCGAACAGACAUGAUCCAGGCCCUGGGUGGUGUGGAAGGCAUCCUGGAGCACACGCUCUUCAAGGGCACUUACUUUCCUACUUGGGAGGGUCUUUUCUGGGAGAAGGCUAGUGGCUUUGAGGAGUCAAUGAAAUGGAAGAAGCUGACCAAUGCCCAGCGGUCUGGGUUGAACCAGAUCCCCAACCGUCGCUUCACCCUCUGGUGGUCCCCUACCAUUAACCGAGCCAAUGUAUACGUUGGCUUCCAGGUACAGCUGGACCUUACUGGCAUCUUCAUGCAUGGCAAGAUCCCCACACUGAAGAUCUCUCUCAUUCAGAUAUUCCGUGCUCAUUUAUGGCAGAAGAUCCAUGAGAGCAUUGUCAUGGAUCUGUGUCAGGUAUUUGACCAGGAGUUAGAUGCACUGGAAAUUGAGACGGUACAAAAGGAGACGAUUCACCCCAGGAAGUCCUAUAAGAUGAACUCCUCUUGUGCAGACAUUUUGCUUUUUGCCUCCUAUAAAUGGAAUGUCUCCCGGCCCUCACUGCUGGCUGACUCUAAGGAUGUAAUGGACAGCACCACCACUCAGAAGUAUUGGAUUGACAUCCAGCUGCGUUGGGGUGACUAUGAUUCCCAUGACAUCGAACGCUAUGCUCGGGCCAAGUUCCUGGACUAUACCACAGACAACAUGAGUAUCUAUCCCUCCCCCACUGGUGUGCUCAUUGCCAUCGACUUAGCAUACAAUUUGCACAGUGCCUAUGGAAACUGGUUUCCUGGUAGCAAGCCUCUGAUCCAGCAAGCUAUGGCCAAGAUCAUGAAGGCAAACCCUGCCCUGUAUGUCCUUCGAGAGCGGAUACGUAAAGGCUUACAGCUGUACUCUUCUGAGCCCACUGAGCCCUACCUCUCCUCCCAGAACUAUGGUGAACUCUUCUCUAAUCAGAUCAUCUGGUUUGUGGAUGACACCAAUGUCUAUAGAGUCACCAUCCACAAGACCUUUGAAGGCAACUUGACUACCAAGCCCAUCAAUGGGGCCAUCUUCAUCUUCAAUCCAAGAACAGGGCAGCUUUUCCUGAAGAUUAUCCACACGUCUGUGUGGGCUGGACAGAAGCGUCUGGGUCAGUUGGCCAAAUGGAAGACGGCAGAAGAAGUAGCUGCCCUGAUCCGUUCUCUGCCCGUAGAGGAACAACCCAAGCAGAUCAUUGUGACCAGAAAGGGCAUGUUGGACCCAUUGGAGGUGCACUUGCUGGACUUCCCCAACAUUGUGAUCAAAGGCUCUGAGCUGCAGUUGCCUUUCCAGGCCUGUCUGAAAGUGGAGAAAUUUGGGGACCUUAUCCUCAAGGCCACCGAGCCCCAGAUGGUUCUCUUCAAUCUCUAUGAUGACUGGCUCAGAACCAUAUCAUCCUAUACGGCCUUUUCUCGACUCAUUCUGAUCCUUCGUGCUCUCCAUGUGAACAACGAUCGGGCCAAAGUGAUCCUGAAGCCAGACAAGACCACCAUCACAGAGCCCCAUCACAUCUGGCCCACGCUGACCGAUGAGGAGUGGAUCAAGGUGGAAGUGCAGCUCAAGGACCUGAUCCUAGCUGAUUACGGCAAGAAGAACAAUGUGAACGUGGCCUCCCUAACACAGUCAGAGAUCCGUGACAUCAUCCUGGGCAUGGAGAUCUCUGCACCUUCCCAGCAGCGGCAGCAGAUUGCCGAGAUCGAAAAACAGACCAAGGAGCAAUCCCAGCUGACAGCAACCCAGACCCGAACCGUCAAUAAGCACGGAGACGAGAUCAUCACUUCCACCACCAGCAACUACGAGACUCAGACCUUCUCCUCCAAGACAGAGUGGAGAGUGAGGGCCAUCUCUGCUGCCAACUUACACCUGCGCACCAACCACAUCUACGUCUCAUCAGAUGACAUCAAAGAAACAGGCUACACUUACAUCCUUCCCAAGAAUGUACUCAAGAAGUUCAUCUGCAUUUCUGAUCUGAGGGCCCAGAUUGCAGGCUACCUCUAUGGAGUGAGCCCCCCGGAUAACCCUCAAGUGAAGGAGAUCCGCUGCAUUGUGAUGGUACCUCAGUGGGGCACCCACCAGACAGUGCACCUGCCAGGCCAGCUUCCCCAGCACGAGUACCUCAAGGAGAUGGAGCCCCUUGGCUGGAUCCACACUCAGCCCAAUGAGUCCCCCCAGCUCUCGCCCCAGGAUGUCACGACCCAUGCCAAGGUCAUGGCCGACAACCCCUCAUGGGAUGGUGAGAAGACUAUCAUCAUCACUUGCAGCUUCACUCCAGGCUCUUGUACCCUGACUGCCUACAAGCUGACUCCCAGCGGCUAUGAGUGGGGUCGGCAGAACACAGACAAGGGCAACAACCCCAAGGGCUACCUGCCCUCCCAUUAUGAGAGGGUGCAGAUGCUGCUGUCUGAUCGCUUCCUUGGCUUCUUCAUGGUGCCUGCUCAGGCGUCCUGGAACUACAACUUCAUGGGUGUGCGCCAUGACCCCAACAUGAAGUACGAGCUGCAGCUGGCCAACCCCAAGGAGUUCUACCACGAAGUGCACCGGCCGUCCCACUUCCUCAACUUCGCGCUGCUGCAGGAGGGGGAGGUCUACUCCGCCGACCGCGAGGAUCUCUACGCCUAGCCGGCCCCGCCCCCGCCCCGCCCCGCGUUCCUGCUUGUGUUUCUGUGUUGUGCAGCCCGCGCCCCGCACCAGAGCGGCGCAAUAAAUUUUGUACAAAUUC